AUUCUGAGGAACAAUGGAAUAUCUAACCUACUCCCAUUUGUUGUUAUCACUGAUUUUGAAGAUCUGAAAGUACUGUAAGUACCGAAAUGACCCUAAAUCUGAUUUAUAACUCACCACAGGGCUCGGGAGUAAGUUUGCUAGUUGGGGAAGGGGACUCAUAGGCAAACGCAUAAUUCUGAUGUAACCAGGUUUCGGGGGGCAUGCUUCACCAGACAACUCCUAGUGCAGUGCAGGGCGAGUUAACCUUACAAGCUCGCAGUAAUUUAUUGAACUGGUCAUAUUUAGGUUAAAGUUAUAAUGGAGGGUGGGGGAAGGAGGCGGGAAUAUGCGAAAAUAAGCGUGUCCGAGAAGACGAAACACCCUCAAAUUAGUUAACCAUAACUGCAUUCCCGGAAAUGAGCGAAGAAGCAAUCAAAAUAAAUUUAUUUUAAAACCCGAGGCACUGUCUCCCGACAAAAACAAACUAGAGCAGAGCCGAUGAGUGAAUCGGUGAGGCCAUUUUUAUUUUUUUUAUCGUAGAUAGAAGGGGUUUGGAAAAUACCCAUCUACGGACGCAAAUGUAUAAAUAAUAGCUGUUCGCAUCUUGGAACGGAAUAUCCGUGCAUAUUUUCACGCAAAAUUGAGGCUUUUGUGUUCAUUACCCUUCGAAUAUUUUGCAAAGCGCGUAAAAAAAAAUUUACGAACAGCUUACAGUUUGUUGUAUGGGAAGCUUUCUUUUAAGAGUUCUCUGGUACGUUUUAAGGUUACCUCUCACCUUCAGAUGCAGAAAAAAUCGUCUUUUCCUUUAUUUGACUUAACUGACUUCAAAUAUUUUACCUAACGUUUCCAACAAAAAAAGUUUUAAAAUCUUCAAAAGCACCUAAGUUUUUUAGGAAAAUGUAAUUUCAAAAAAAAAAGUUAAUAAAUCUGGAAGGUUUCAUAACCUCCUACCUGGUUUUAAUUUUAUUUGCAUAUUUGGCUUACAUCGCGCACUUGACAGAAUUAACAUGUGGAAGCUCUUUGCUUGUGAAAAAAUCUUUGCUCAUGGAAAAAUCAAGAGCAGCAGAAAGUCCUUUGCAAAGAAAGAAAAAACAGGCCCUAAGAAGAAAGAAAGAAUACCAUUAUGUCAAGAGAAGAAAAAAUCCUUGGUGAAAGCGACUGGUACACGCGGAGCUCCACACUGGUGUCCAGAUUUCGAACAAUGACGUGCCGCGAGUUGUUUAUGAACCUUUAAGCUAAAAUCGGGCCUUUGAUUUUAGGAAGAAUACAUGACAUACAUCCACUUUGAGCAAAUUUAUAGGGUAUUUAGAUUUGAUCGAUUUUCGUUAAAUUUCGGCGAAACUUUCCAGGAAUAAUGACAAACAAAAUUGAGUGGGGAGAUUUUGAUAUUUGAAAUAUUUGUCCCGCGACGCCCAUUUACGCAACACGCCUUGCAUAUUUUUAACUACUCCAACUUUAGAUGCCGAUAUCUAGACAACCAAUCAGAAUUUUGGAAAAGGCUGACACAGUUUUAUUGAUUGAUGCCCUAUGAAUAAGAUUGUGCAGCCAUUUUGCUUGUGCUGCGGCACCGAUACCAGAUAAAUUCAAUAGCAGAACCUUCAGUCGUUUAACGCCUUACCAGCCCCUGACACUUCCUAAAAGGAAAACUUGCUUAAAUUAUAUUUUUGUUGUAGACUGGACUUAUUAGGCUUUCUUCUGAUGUAUAUUUUUCUAGGAUUUUAGAGAAACUAACGAGCGUACGAAUUUUUUCCCGAAGGACACCCGUGAAGGUGGGAAGUAACCUUAAUGGCCAAACAAAUAUUUCCGUCCUUCUGCAACAACCAUAAAACGCUUUCUCAUCUUCAAUUUAAGUUUAAACGAAGACUUAUUGUCGUAAAACUGAGGAUUUGAAAAUUGGGGAAAAUCACAUGGGUGAUGUCCUCUGAUAUCACCCAGUUUUAGCGAAUAUUCGGGAUUAUCGGUCACACGAUGUGCUUAGAACAAUCGCGCGCGUUCAAAAAUAUUCGAUAGAUCCUAAGAGCUGAUAUUUGCCGCAAACGACAACCCAUGAACGUUACUGUCUCUAAUUCCAUUGACGAUUUUUCUUCCAUUUGAUCAUGAACAUUACUUUAAGGCCGAAAAGCGACAACUGCUCUAGGAGGUUUUCUCCGUCAUAAUUUGCUUGAUACGAACCAACAUCUGAAAUUUCCAGCUCUUCCCAAAGUCAGCUGCUAACAAUUCCAGCAGAUCUUUUCCGAAGAAUGAGCGUCCAGAAUUUUUAACAUCGGCUAUUAUCAGGAGAAAGAAUAUGAACAUUAACAAAGUUUCAGGAUGCUCGUUGGCUAAUUAAGGACGCGUCAAUUAUCCCAAGCAGUGCAGAAAGUUAAAACUGACAGUAGAAAGUUGAAAUCAAAUAGAUUGAUAGAAGGUUCGCGAAAGCACAACAACAACAAUGGCAGACAGAUUAGGAGGAAGCCACAACGUUUUAAUGUAUGAAUUGUGCGAUCGUAGCAAGAUCUUGAGGGAAUAAUCCGGCUACUCCAGCAACAAAGCAAAUGCAAGCGGCUGAACCAAUGAGCCAUUAACUUUCAAAGUAUCGCCGAGCCUUCGCACAAAAACUAUUUUCAAAUAUAUUUUUUAUCUGCAAUUAGUGUGGAACUCCUUGCGACCUGAAAUGCGGAGUCUUUCAAAUAUGACAACCUUUAGACAUAGCUUAACGAACAACUUCCUAGAAAGUUUUUCAUAUCAACUGAUAACAGAUUAUUUUCUUGGUAAAUUUUUUACUAAGUGGAAUAUUGCUUUGUGUUUCCUCAAUGUAGGGAUCUCCGUGGCAAUUGCAUUACUACUCCUGGCAGUAAAAAGGUAGAACGCAUUCUUGGGCGGCUAUCGAAAGUGUAAGUCUGACUUAAUUGCAUGUUUUGCCAAGAGGACUUGAAAAGUACUUAUUUCCUUAAUUGUAGAGUACGUACUUUAUUUUUCUUUUUUUUUACUUGGCACAACAGAUCUCCCAAGCUUCUAUGUUCCGUUUAAUCCUUUCAGGUCAUGUGAUAAUACUUCAGAGAAAUGUUUCUUUCAAAUUUCCUCUUGUUCAUGAGCAUGUAUACGCAUAAUUUACGAAAGAUAAAUCUGGGAAUUCGCUCGAGACCACGAAUGGGUUAGCAAAACAUACACGCAAAAUAGGUCUAUUUAUGGCUUGUUGUAAGAUACAACAUAUGAAGUAAACGUGCUUGUUUUCCCCUUCCUGCUGUUAUUCGUAGCCUGGUUUAUCCUUAUUUCUGAGUAAGCCGAAGUUUCCCUUUGCUUGUACUCCACAAAAAAGUCUUGGGCUUCUAAAGUCGAAAUGACAAAGGCAUUGAAACGUGUGAAACGGAACCUCGAAGAUUUUUACAAAACAGUUCGUAAACUUGAAAAGACGGGGAAUAUUAUGAUCCUGAUAGCCUUCGUGCAAUGGUUAGUACUUUUGACCGAUACCUAACAAAAAAUUAGCACAAAGGCCCGUUUAUUCGUGACAAAGAGUUGUAGAAAAACCCAACUAUUCUGGCGACAAGCAAAGGAAAGUGGCCGAACUAAUAUGCCAUGACACGAAAAAAACAACAACUGAAGAGGAAUAUCUCGGUCAAUUUGAAAUAAAUCAGGACUCAUUAAUUUUUUAUGGAUUACACAUUGGUUAGAAAUCCUGCGAUUGCCUAUUCAGCUAUCGUGAAUUACAUUUAAAACAAAGACCAUUAACUCAUUGGACGUAAGGUUCUAAAUUGGGGAAUAUUACCUCGGGUAAUAUCGCAGGAUUUUCUCCUGUUUUUGCAAGGGCAUUUUCGGUCACGUGAUCCGUCUUGAGAAGUCACACGCGACCAAAAAUGUUUGGUGAAUUACAAAUAACGGGAACAUAAGUUUUACUAAUAAGCCUACUGUUAAGCAGAACAUGUUUUUGUUGUCCUUUUCGUAACAAACUUUGUUAAGUAAAAUGGUGCCGUGUUUGGUUUUUGUGGGUAGUGCACUGUAAGUACACUAACCACAUUGGCGUCAGUUGUGAAUGACUGAGAGAGUGAGCGAGUGAUUACACUUGGCACGAUGGAUAAACUUUACCUUACAAUCUGAAAGGUCCAUGGUUUGGCCCUACCAGCAUCAAUUUUGUUUCUUUUCUUUUUCUUCUUUCUCUUUCCCUUUUUUCUUUACCUUCUUCUUCAAAAAUAUAUUUUUUGUCGAUCCACCCGAACGUCAGCAUUUAUUGUACAGUAAACGGCAUUUAAAAAGCCAAUUACCAAAGAGCAGUGUUUGUCUUUCCCUCUCCUGCUCCGGAAAUAACAUGCUUCAAUCCUCAAGACAAUAAUUCCUAGAAGUACAUGAUAGAUACCUAAUUCCUUUUCCCCUUCUACAAGUUUUUUUUAAUCACGAACAAACUCAACGUAUCAGCUCUGGUUCAUUCAGUAUACCCAAUAAUGCACACUAAUUCAUUUUAAAUUCAACCUGUCUCCCAUGCUGUAUUACCAAAAUACUCAAGCGUCAAAUUGCGGUAGACCCUACGAAAGAAAAGCAGCAUGCGUACUCUUAAUACACUACCCACAUUGCGGGCCUAUUUUUGAAGGAAUAUGAGAGGGAAGGCAUUUUCGCCAAAUUAAAUUAAGAUGGUUUGUCGUUCGGGGUGGAAUCUUUUGCUUAAAAAAUUUCUAAAUUCAAUUCUCUCUCUACAGUUUAUUGGACAAUAACCCUCUUGAGUGUGACUGUGGAAUAACUCCUUCCCUUUGGACAGCUGAAGUGACUGGCACGUGUGCACAUCCACCUCAUCUGAGGGGAGUUGAGGUUAACACACUUCUCACCAAGGAUUUCAAAUGCAGUCAGUAGGAUUUCCUUCUUUUGCAAACUCGAAUAAUUUAAAGCCGUGCACAAGAACGAAAUGGAAGUGAAGAGACGAGAGCUUCUGCCGGAAAUAUCCAAUACCCUGCUGUCAGUUUCAUUUGAUGGAAAUUUACCUACCGUAUCAUAUUUUCGAUCAUUUUUGCCGGCUAUUUCUAGAUUAGUUUGACUAUCUUUAAUGUAAACCGGCACUUGGGGAUAGAUUUUUAAAUAAGCGUCUUGAGCGGAUUUUCCUUGAGUUGUUUCCUACUUCUUCUACUGAAAAGGAGGAGAAUGCCCUCAAGACCGUGUAUUUGGUAUCUCCGAAGAAAUGUUUAUGUAUAACUGUUCUUCUCAUCACAGUCUGAGUUCCAAAGGAGUUGCAUUACGUUUCGAAAUUUGUCCUCAAAUGGGGUAAAACGUUUAACUCUGUACGACGUCAUUUUGAAAAACAACCCAGUAACAAGCCAUUACGCACGCUUCCCAAACUGUUUCUGCUAUGGAUAUCGCUAAAAAUCGUUUUCGAGUUAAUAAUGCCUUUGCAUUGCUCCUCUUGGAGAGGGAAGGGGACAAUUAUACUUUGCUGAGUCACAGGUAAUAGGCAAGAUUGCUCAGCAACAUUUAAAAUAGCAGGGUCCUUACUCCGAUUCUAAGUAUUUUGAAACGGAAGCUAUUCGUAUAGUUAGAUCGCUAUUCGGAAUCUCAAAACGCGGUCAAAAAAAUGGGGCAGAUAAGUGUUAAAUGUUUUUUCCAGAAUAUUUCUUCUAAAGAUGCUCUAACUUAUUUCUAUUUGCUUUGUUCCUUAAAGCCAAAAGCUGCGAAAGACUUUUCACACAGGGAAGACGCUUGGAUGGUUUUUAUAGAAUACACAAACCUGACACCGCUCAACUUCCAACAAACCUGAACUACAUUUGGGUGUGGUGUGAGAUGGACAUACCUGAUGGUGGAUGGAUCCUGCUUCAAGAGCGUGUCAAUGCGACCUUUAACUUCUUAAGAAACUGGGUUUCUUACGAAAAUGGCUUUGGAAAACCUGGGGUUGGCUACUGGCUCGGAAAUAGAUAUGUGCAUUCCAUAACGUUUAAAAGAAAGUAUGCAUUAAGAAUUGAGUUCCCGGGCUAUUAUAACGAGCACACCGUUACGCUGCUGGCCGAGUAUGACAAUUUUCAAGUGCUAGACCCCUCUACUGGCUAUUUUCUUACAUUAGGAAAGUAUCGAGGUGGUUUGGGUGACGUCCUCUCACUUGUCAACAACUCUGCGUUUUCCACUUGGGAUCACGAUAAUGACGAGGUGAAAGACGAGGAAUGUGCCAAAAGAAAUAAAGGAGCUUGGUGGUAUGGCAAAACUUGCUAUGUACACGACUUGAAUACCAUGCGGGGAUUUUUGAGGAUGAAAAUGAAGGUUAAGGAGCUAUUGGAAGGUAUUGUUCUUUAAUGUACUUCUUUUCAGAGAACCUCUGACCUCUUCCGCCCUCGUUCGUGUCGUGUUGAUCUCUUUGCAACUGUGGGCAUUAUUUUAAAGGAACCCUGAACAUUGUCCCUCGAUUGAAACGAAAACAAACGUAAAUAAUAAAAAACAGAUAGAAACAUACCUUCUUUGAAAACCCAUUGCUUGGCAAGAUAAGACUUCCACUGAAAGAAUGAAUAUCUUAAGUGAAUAGUUCAAAUCUACCUUUUUAGUGCCCGUUUUACAAAACAUAAGACCAUUGAAAAGUGCUUAGGUCCCCAUUUUCUAUCCCCCUGUUUCUCGAAUUAAAAAAUAAGCGUGUCAUUGCAUCUUUAUUGUAGGUGAUAGUAUCUCCUGCCACCCAAGUAUGAACUUGGCUACAGGCGAUCAUAAACUGCAAGUGCCCUGAAGAAAGACAAACUCGCACGGUCACUUUCAAAUUUUCAGCAUCCCCUCGUUAAGCUUUAAGCAGAAUAUAUUCUAAGUCAUGGUUACUGAAAUUAAAAGAAACUCCAUACAUGCUCUGUAACAAUCCUCGUCGGCGGGCCGACCUCUACCAAAAAGAUGCUUUGAGGCAACUUUUUGACAGGGCUCUUUUUAUGAAAAAGUUGACGAUCUCACUUCCAUCAACCAAAACAUCAAUUAAUCAAAACAUUUUGAUUUUAGAGCCUAACAGGAAUUACCGGCCACUUAAAAAAGUCUCACCAUCACCAUUACUAGAAUUCCGUGUAUUUACUUCUUACCUAAGAUCCACAACCCUAACAACCCUUCGAGUCGACCCGUCGUUGCUGCCUACAAUUGUCCCUCUGUACUCAUUUCCAGCUGUUUAGACAAAAUCAUGGCUCUUAUCGUCAAAACUCUCCUAUCAUACGUUAAAGACAGCAAACACGCACUUGAAAUUUUCACCAUAUAUAUUACAUCUCCCCAUUAUUCCCAAUAGCGAAGGUCUCCUGGCUCUCAAACAUUUUUUUGAUCAACGUGCUCUUAAGGAACCUAGCUCUGAAACACUACUCCGCAUAACCGAACUAGUGUUAACACUCAAUUGCAUUUCAUUCGAUGGUAACUAUUGCAAACAAACUAAUGGCGUAGCAGUGGGUACCACAAUAGAACCCAGCUACGCCAAUAUUUUCGUAGUUUUUAUCGAACACUAAUAGGGACCUUAAGCAAACCACGACGGCGACGGCGACGGCAACGAGGACAUGGAAAAACAAAAGAUAUAAUGGGCAGAGCAAUAGCUCAGCACAUGCGUUUGUACAUUUCUGAGCAGUCCUGUGCAAAACAACAACGUGAAAUAACCACAAUUUGCGUCGUCUGCGAACCGAAACCGCGACGACAAAUUAUUUAAAUUUUUAUUUGGAACUCAACGCUUCUUUUAUACGUUAUGCUGAAGUUGAGGUGUGGCGCCGUAUGAGAUGGUAAACACAUGCAGCCAUUUUUGAAAUUCUAAUUAUAGGCUGAAAUUCAUUUUUUUAGUCGAAGUCUUCCUUGGCGUUGCCGUCCUGACUGCUUAAGGUCCCUCAUUUUUCGGUUAAUACAACGGCCUCAAAUCUGAACUCUAUGGCCGUCAAGAAUUCCAUUCCUUUUUAGCAGUUUCUCAGAUUUUGUUUUUUUUUCGACAAAUUUUUGGAAGUUUUUCGAUAAACGUGGCUAUCCUGUAUCUGUCGUUUAAGUGGGCCACCACCGCACCUAACAAAUUGACCGACAGUCAGCACUACAAACGGCACAGUAGUAAAACACCGAUCGCAUUUAAUCCUCACAACCCCGCAGUUAAAUCUAUCAUUCUUGCUGAACUUUAAAUUAUUUUAAAAUGUUCAGAGACUGGUGCUAUUUUUACGCAACCUCCACUAAUUUCAUUCAAACGCGACAAAAACAUGGGAAACUUUUUGGACAGAAGUUCAUUACAAACUAAUGACACACCUGGAACUUUCAAAUGCGUUCGCGCACGAUGCAAAACUUGUCCUUUCAUUCAUAACGUAGAAAAAAUGUCGGGAUCUAAGAAGUCCUUUAAUAUCACUGACCACUGAUCACUUCCUGUGCUCCUCCUCCAAUGUCCUCUGCUGUAUAUCUUGCACUCAUUGCAAAAAGUCAUACAUUGGAGAAAAAGAAAGACGACUAGGUGACCGAUUCCGAGAACACCUUCGCGACGUAGAAAGAAAUGACAAUGACGCAUCCAAACCAGUCGCUAAACAGUUUAAUUUCCUUUCCUAAGCAGCAUAUGAUAGUUUGCGGCCUUUCCUUACAUCUAGGCAGUUCGGAAAGCCGCAAAGCUCUAGAAAAAAAAUUUAUCUAUCAAAUCAGUACUCCUGAUCCCUUUAGUAUCAAUGAACACUUUUAAUUCGUCUAAUUUAUUCUUGUUUUCUCGCUACCAUGUUCCCACUACUAGCGUAGCUCCAUUUUCUGCAUAUUAACACACACAACCCACAAUUCCUCCUUGGGUUUGAACGGAAACCCCAAACAGUGUAGCGAUGUCAAUUACUUUUUCUGCACAAGAUUUGACAAUGUAGCGUUUAUCGACAUUUCCUCCAGAAUCAAAAAUUUUAAAAUUAAAGUAUCCCCUCAACACGGUCAAACUGUGCCCAAAAAGUAAUGACGUAAAAUAUCGAAGGAAAUUUUUGCUUUAAGCGUGUGUUAUUUGUGUUUAGCCCAGCAUAGUUAAAAUAUAAGAAAACCACUCACUACUGAGAGAAAGAAAACGCGCCGCGACAUUAAAAUUAACAAUGUUUAUUUACACAUAUCCUAGAUAGCUGUACUUCGAAAAGAACCCAAAGAAGAAUUGAAUGUGGAUGGCCAAACAUUACAAAAGGGCAGUGCUUGGCUCGUAAUUGCUGCUUUGACAACAGUGUACAUGACGACAAUGCAUUUAAUCGCAGGGUAAUCUGCUUUGUUAAACCUCAUCUUGGUGAGUAUACUUUACGAUAAGUCCUACUCGAUAACACUUAAAAUUUAUUCAGUGAUGGAAGCCGCUAUUUUUUGGUGUUCUUUUGUUUCGAAUUUCAUCACUUUCUGAUUCUUUCAAAACGCGUUUAGUCGUAUUCAGAGUUGAGUCGAGUCUGCUGUUGACUCGACGUCACUAUUGUGUUACUAAUAAACUGAUCUUUUGAAACAGCAUAAACAUUACUUAAAAUUCACAAACCUCUUUAUAUAGCACCAAAUAAUUAGGAAAGUAAAACCUCUAAGCACGAGGAUUAAAGCUUAGGAACUUGUGGGGUUGUGUCAUAAAAAAAAACAUUAAUUACAAAAAUAAUAAAAAAUUGGAGUCCUUAAAGAGUAUUCACCGAGUAUUCUAUUAUAGUUUGAGAGCCAAUGAAAGUAAAGAAGCUCUUUAAAAAGUAGUAAAUGGCUAAAUCUAGAGUCAUUGGCAUUUCCUCUUUCGGUAAAGAUUAUUUAGGAUAAUCUAAUGCAGUUUUAAAAUCCUUUCUCUCCUUCAAGUUUUUCAUGAGCGAAUUGGUUGCUUUCAAGUUAAGAGUAAACGGCUAUUGGAACAUCAAAACCCUCCCUUAGAUUUCUCCAAGACUUGCAGCACCAUAGCGUGGUCACUUGGUCUUAAAUAUUUUGCUUUGCGGAAUGGCAGUGAAUGCCUUGGUGACAAGUAUCUUCCCUCUCUAUUACCUCGACUAAACGCUACGAAAGGAUGUUUUGGAGGUCGUGGAGGACAUAAUGUGUCGGAUGUUUAUCGACUUAACAGUAAGAAAACCUUUGCACUAUAAAAUUUGGGAUUAGAUAUUGGCCAAUUUUUAUUUAUAUCCAUCAGCCAUCAAUUUUUUUACAGAAGUAAUUGUCGACUCAUCUGACAGUCCAUCCAUCAUCCGCCCACCCCGCCCACAAAUAUGAUGUUUAACUUAAACAUUGUAUUCGUGCAGAAGGCUCUCAAUACCACAAACCAUUCAAUGCUAUUGGAGAAACUGAAUCAUUAUGGGAUGUGUGGAAUUAUAAAUGAUUGGCAUGGUUUGCUUUAUAUCUGGUAGGUCGUAGGCAGAUUGCUGAAAUUGGCUCCGAAGACAUAUCUAGAAAGGAAAUAUUACCAUCCGGAGGCCUGAGGGGGUCAUUCAUGCUUUCUGUUGGAGCGCAAAAGCUAUUCAAAUAUCUUGGCGUGCAUCUUUACGAAAUUGGAAAUAUCACAUUUCUCACAUCGCCUCCAAGCGUGUCAAUUUGCAUUAUUGCUCGGUUAAGACCGAUAUUUCGUACCCCUGUAUAUUUCACAGCAUACAUAGGAAUCACUUAUCCAGCCCUGCGUUGGGACGAGCCGACAGAUCUCUCAGAACCAAAAUCAUAUCGUACGUCUUCAGAGACGGGCUCUCCGCCCUAUGCUCUUUGGUGGUUAUAGAUCUCAUGCAACACCUUUCUUCGCCUCCUCCAAGUUACCUCUGAACCUCCUUUAUUUCAAAUCAGUCAGUUAUCUUGAUGUGUGAUGUUUUCAAAAAUUAAUUGCCACCCAGAUAACUUUAAUAUUUAUAUUCAUCCAUAUAAUAAAAGGUCAUUGCCAUGAGAUAAUUUCUUCUUUGAGUAUUCUAGAUUAGGCAAGCAAAGUAAAUCCUUCUCAACAAAUAAAGCGAGAGUCUGCUGGAACAGUCUAUCCGAUGAAAUGCGUCAUUUGUCUAAAGAGAAAUUUGAACAGACACUCGUAAUGUGCUUCUUCAAAACUUCUUUGAGGCAAAUGAUCACAAUGACUUACCUGAUCGUUAGGAAAAUUUCUUGAAAACUCUACUUAUUAUAUUUGUAUUAUAUUUACGUUAUGAAUGAUUUUGCUACUAAAUUUGGCUACGAUAGUUUUAUUUAAAGGAUUUAAUUUCUUGUUUUCCCCUUUCCUAUUCAAAAUCUUAGUCGUUUCAGUAAUCUCGUUUCUCUUCGUUUAAAGAUGUAUAAUAAGUCACACGUAUUUUUUUCGCUUAUCUUUUCGUAAUCGACAGUAAUAACCAACUGUUCAGUUUUUAAUACCCCCUUUUACAGUUAAUUUUUAAAAUACUUGUCAAAUUCUGUAAUGUACUCUCCAUUUUUUGUUUGCCGAAUUCUUGCCAGAUUUAGGUUGAAUAUCCUGUUAUGCAUUAAAACACUGCUCGCCUACACUAGCUGUAGCUAACGUCGAGCAGUGUUUAUCUUUACUUGUAUUUUAAACUUGUAAACUUGUAACUCAAUGCACAGUUUUGACCGAUAAUUGUGUCUUCUGCGAUACGAACAUGUCGCUUUCUGCAUAUGAAAAACAUAAGAUGGUUAGAAAAAAGCUGUUAGUUUUAUUACUGUAUCUUUUUCUCUUGUUUGCUACAUGUACAGUAUUUAUUUCAAGGCCAAGUGGACUUAGAACCAGUAACGUAACCCUUACAAGUGUCCGCUUGGAUUGGAAUGCGGUCCCAGAACGCUUUAUUCUCGGCUACAAAGUUCUUGUGCAAAAUGUCCCUCGCAAUGAGACCCUUCAUUGGAACAAGACCUAUGCUUUCAUCGAAGGUCUCUGGAGCAACACUGAGUACAUCAUAAGUGUAUUUCCAGUUCAUGGCUUGACAGAUGAAAGGCACCUUGUAGGAAAUGGAGCUACCAUCAUCGUUACCACCUUGCGAGAGCCAGGUAAAGGGGUUUGCAGUGCUCACACUGUGUCAAAAGUUGCUGAGAGUUGUGAAAGUCCUCAGAGUUAUUCUCAGAAGUUUUCAAAGGAGGUAGCGUAAAGCAUUUUACCGCUACCUAUUUACUUUCUACCAUUAGCUACUAUCUUUACGCUAAAGCCUUUCAUCCUGAUUUUCGCGAGAUGAUUUUGUCAAAUCUUUUAUCACGUCAUAAUGUGUGGCAAUUUAUUACUUAUCAUGAAAGACAUAUUUUCUUCUGGUCUGCAUGUGUUUCCUGUUUUGAUAAAAUGGUCAUAAAGGGCGGAACAGAUCUCUUUUACAUCCCUAAAUAAUACGUCUGUGAUGUUUCCUUCCAUUGAUAAAUAAGGCAAAUGAAAGGUACUUGCGUAUAUUUAAAAUAGAAAUGUAAGGAAAGGGUCUUCUAAGAAUUUUUUUUUUAACCUUCAGCUCCUUCCCGAGCACCCGACGCCGUUACAGCACAGGCAUUGAACUCCACAAGUCUGGAAGUAAAAUGGAGUCCCUUGCUUGAGGAACAUUUUCGAGGACAGCUUAUUGGUUACUAUAUAACUUAUUUCCGAGCUGAUUUAGAGAAUGAUAUUAAUCAUGUGGAUGUAUAUUUCGCUUCGAAUAGCACCAUUCUCUCAAACCUGACUGCUUACAGCAUUUAUGCCAUUAAUGUGUCUGCCAUGAACCCCGGAGGAAUAGGACCUGCAAAGACGGCUUGGGCCCGCACAGAAGCAGCAGGUAACAAUAAAGUUGAAAAAGUAGAAUUUAAUUCUCCAUCCAAUGCCUCGGUUACCUUCUAUAAAAAAGGAGGUCUUACAUGCAAAAAUUACUGGUGUAAGUUUGGUCCAAGAUUGACGUUUCUUUCUCUUUCAGCUCCUUGGCAAGGUCCUGAGGUGGUUAUCGCACACUAUUCAAGUUCUACGAGUAUGGUUGUGAGAUGGAGUCAACUGCCUAUGAAGCAAUUUCGUGGACAACCCAUUGGUUACAGGAUCGCUUAUUACCCGGUUGAGUUAGAAAGUAAUACUAAUUUUGUGAGUGUGAACUACUCGACAAACACCACAACACUGACGAACCUGACUGUUUAUACCAUUUAUGUCAUUAACGUGUCAGCGGUAAGCUCUGGAGGAAUAGGACCCACGAAGACAGCAAGGGCUCGAACUGACGCAGAAGGUAAGGAGGUGUUGAAAUGGCUGUAGGUGUAGGAAAUCGUGUUGUUGCCAAAGAGGCCUUUCAUGGAAAGAAGAAACACAAAGAGACUUUUACUAGUAAUUUCAUGCCUCUCUGGAGCCCAUGAGGCGAUUUGCUUUCUGGUAAUCUUCUAAAUUUCUAUUACUGUUGAGUUACAUGUAUUGAUCCUAGUAGUAAUUAGGAAAUGUUUUUAUAUUCAACGAGUGCAGAGCGGAAAUUUCGGAAUGCUUUUUGUCAUUUGCAAUCAUCGAAUUUUCAUGUUGGAUUAGAAAAAUUUGUAAAGUUUGCACCUGAUUCAAUAUGUAGACGUCAUCCCAUGCGCUUAUUAACAUAAGCUGCCAUCUUUAAAGACCUCCCCACCAAAUUUAUCAAUUUAUCGUUUUAUUUUCAGCCCCAUUUAAAGCUUCUCAGGUGGUAACUGCGCAUAACUCCAGCUCCACAAGUCUUGUAGUGAAUUGGAGUCACCUGCUGGUGAAAAAAUUUCAAGGAAAACCCAUUGGUUACAAAAUCACCUUUCAUCCGGUUGAAUCAGGGAUUGAUGUUAAUCAUGUGAGCGUAAACUACACGACAAAUAGCACCACCCUGACCAACCUGACUGCUUAUACCAUGUACGUGAUUCGUGUUUCGGCGGUAAGCUCUGGAGGAAUAGGACCUGCAAACACAGUGAAGGCCCGAACAGACUCAGAAGGUACUGUAGAGUCGAUAAUACCUUAUGAAAGCAAAAUAGACUAAAAUAGACUCAGAAUCAUGACAUUACUAAACAGUAUUGUGUAAGGAAAUUCUCACAAAUCUACAUACCUCUUGAGUCUCUUUUUUAUUGAUAAUUUAGAUUAUUUUUACAUUUAUGAACUGAAAGUGUUAAAGUUUUUUCAAAACCUGAACACUGGAGUGCGAGCAUAUUGCACAUUCAAAAGUUCCAGGUAUUUUAAGAUUAAUUUGUCUUCUUUGUUGCAAAAUUUUUUUUUCAAUUGAUCUCAGCUCCUUGUAGGGCUCCUGACUUGGUUAUCGCCUACAAUCUCAGUUCAACGAGUCUUGCAGUAAAAUGGCGUCACCUGUCAGAAAAUUAUUUUCAAGGAGAACCACUCAGUUACAGAAUCAGUUACAACCCAGAUGGUUCAGAGAAUGACAUUAACUUUGUUAGUGCGAAGUACACGUCAAAUACAACAACACUGACCAACCUGACUGUUUAUACGGUAUAUGUCAUCAAUGUAUCAGCAGUCAGCUCCGGGGGAAUAGGACCUGCAAACACAGUUAAGGCCCGAACAGGCGCAGAAGGUAAGAUGGUUUAUAAAUAAGAACUUUCCAAAAAGUAAGCAAAUAGAAAAGAUGCAAGAAUUUAACGCUUGGAUUACAUCCGCGUCAUGCUGGAGAUGACAGUAAUAUAAAUGAUUGUAGCUCCCGUUGUGCUUUUAAGUAAACUGACAGGCACUUAAACAUUCCUCUGAGUCAACUUUUUGUUACCUAAUCCAAAACCCCUCGUAGAGCUCGUAACUUGGUCAACAGGGCAGAAAAACUGACUCUUUACAAUUUUUGCAAGAUCGCAGACUAACCCUAUAGGAAAGAAAAAAAAUUUAUCCACAAUGUUUCUAAUCAGUAUUUUCAAGGGAAAAUUUGGUAACAGCAGUUUUUUUUCUAUUUUCCAGUUCCCUCUGUUGCACCUGGUCAAGUUUUGGUUACUGAACAGAGUUCCACUAGUUUGUAUGUUUCCUGGACCGCUGUUCCUCAAAAACGUCAUCACGGAAAGAUCCACCUGUACAAGAUUUAUAUCAGCCUGGCUAAUCAGCCAAGCAAGUAUAUCAAUACAUAUUUCGUGUUUAAUCUAGUCGAGUACAACAUUAGUGACCUUCAUGUUUACACACUGUACGUCAUUCGUGUUUCGGCGCUGAAUGAGGCAGGAGAGGGACCGAAAAGUAGAGCUGUUACAGCAAGAACGUCCGAAGGCGGUGAGUUUUAUCAUCCCAGGCGGAAAUAGAUAUAUUUUUUUAGAUCUGUCAGUUAUUUAGUAAUACCCAUGUGCAUUGUGUCCAUUCUGUAGUGCCCAGUGCACCCCCGAUGAAUUUAAGUUUGGUUCAUAGCGACUCGUGGUCCAUCGUCGUGGAAUGGAAACCAGUCCCCGUGGGAUAUGAGAAUGGUUUAGUCAAAGGAUACAGGCUGGUUUACAGAGUGAAGGAUUCCGAAAACUCUAUGUCCAUGGCUGAUGACUCCAUCUAUUCCAAUAAUAUUGCUGUUUUUUCUGGGUUGGAAUUUGACACAUUAUACUCAAUCCGAGUGGCUGCUUUCACAAAUGCUGGUUCUGGAAAUUUCUCUGGGGCGAUCGAAGUCAGAACAACAAUGUGUGAGUAAAGCCCCAUCACUUCCACAAUACAGCUCACGAUCAUAUGGUCUAAAAUUUCAAAAGCCUGGCUGUUUUCCUGUCGACUCAUAUAGAUAUGCCGAAGGGGGAACUGGUGACAAAAUCUAGAGGGGUUGGGUGGUUUGCACAUAGGUUAGCUCACAUCUGUUAUGUUUUCAUUGAUUAACUUAUCCUAUAUAUUCAUCGUUUUAUUUUAAUCUUCCAACCUCAUCUUCAACAUUCUUUAAUUUUGUAGUUGACCCAUGCGACGAUAUUUUUUGCUUAAAUGGAGGGACAUGUAUACUGACGCCUGAAUCCUACCUGAAUGCAAGCAAACCUUGCAUAUGCCAAAAACGGUUUUUCGGAAGAUUGUGUGAUACUUAUGUUUCUGGUAAGAACGCGGAAACAACUUUCCAAUUCUAAACUAAGCAUUGUCGAGAGUAUUUUCGCAAAAUCCUUAGCUUUUUCAAUCUUUGUUCCCUAGAGCGUUCAUGUCGAAGUCCGACCGUAGAGCUGCCUAGUUUGUCAUCAAAUAUAACCUCUUCGCUGACUGUACGUCGAGCCAAUCAGCUUGUAAUUUCUUCAAAAGUCAAUCUUGAUUGUGAACUUUUGUAUGAGACAAUAUUUAACUGGGAAGUGUACGAUCUGCAUUCACAAUCUCGGGGACAUCCAUUUCUUUCAAGAUACGGUGGUUCCUCAGAAUUUAUCAUAAAACGAGGCAAGCUACCGGUGGGUGUGUACUUGGUGCGACUGACUGUUAAAAUGGCGGGAACGCAAGUAUUUGGCCUUAGCGAGGGCUACAUCCGGGUCAUUGAAAGCCCAUUAGUUGCGCACAUCUCCGGAGGAACAAAGGUAGAAAGAGGAUUCAAUAAAACCUUGGUGUUCAAUGCUUCCUUGUCACGUGACCCUGAUUCCUCCAAUCCUCCUUACGGUGAGAUGACUACUUUGCUCUGAUCACGAAGUAAUAUCGGAUAUAUUUGCUUUUCUCAAUCUACUGUGGUGGCUAUCUUAUCCAUUCUGAAAUUAACGCUGAUAAUCAAACGUGCUCUCUUAGUUAAGAGCGAGGAUAUUUCAUCAAUAGAAGAUUCGUAUUCCACCAUCAGGCGCACCUGUCUUCCCAUCUCUUUGUUGACCUUCCUCUCAGUUCCAUUUCUUUUUUUCUUUUUUUCUCUCCCUGGUGGUAACGUUUCUAGUCUGUUACUGGUCAUCCUUUCCUCUAAAACGGAACUUUUCAACUAAAUAGGCAAAAAGCUAGUGUAGCAAGAGUACCAUAGGGCUGAGAGGGGGGUAAAUGGGACCUUGACCCAAACCACUCUGCGUUACCCUCUAUUUUUUAGGUCUUCGUUUUACCUGGAUAUGCAGGAAUUCUUCGCAAACAUUUUCCGACGAUCUACUUGAAAUACCCGUGGUCCUGCCAAGGCCCUCAGCAGACAAUCUCGACCGUGGAGGAUGUUUCGGGACUGGAGCAGGGAAUAUAGGCGGCAACCAUUCCAUUGUGAUGAUCGACAGUGGCUUUAUGACAGAGAAUAGUUCCUAUUUCAUAACAGUUGUGGUCGAGAAGCAUCCGAGAAAAGCGUAUUUCACACAGGAAGUGGUUAUUUCUCCAGGAGAUCCUCCGGUAGUCGAGAUAAGGUACGAUCAUGGUAUAUAUAUAUAUAUAUAUAUAUAUAUAUAUAUAUAUAUAUAUAUAUAUAUAUAUAUAUAUAUAUAUAUAUAUAUAUAUAAAAAGGGGGUAACAGAUAACGAAUAUAAUUCAAGGAGGCCCUGCGCCCAUAAUAUAGAUUUUUUUAAUAACUUUGCAGUGAGUGAUAAAUUUACUUAUUAGAAUUCACCAGUAGGAGACGGGAGUUACCUAACUCGGUAGGUGCAUAAAGUUUAUUUCUGUAGUAUCUUUCAUUUAAGCACAUUAGCACAUUCAUUUAAUAUUCUCAUAGUAACUAUAUUUGUCAAAACUAUCACAACCUUUGGAAACAUGAUUUUGCACAUUUUCUGCGGCGUGUACAAGUAAUUUUGAUAAAGUAUUAGCUUGGGUUACAGAGGGCUUUCCUUACCCGGUGAAGAGUCCGUUUUACAGCACGAACGAAGACUUGAAUUCACUGUAAAGACCAAAAAAGUCGAAAUCGAAGUCUCUGUGUGAAUGACCAGAGCUCGUAAGCGAACAUGUUUGAUAGGUAUAUCUUUGUCUAUAUCCUUUUAUAGUGCAUUAUUAAUUUGUUUUGUUCCGUAUCUUAGAUGUGAAGAUAAUUGUGACUCAAAAGUAAAUCCCUCCCGUCGUUUAGCGCUUAAACGACUCUGCGAGGAGCUUGACUGCGGAAGGGGCCUUUCUUAUCAAUGGACUCUUUUUGAGGCUGGUGUGGCAAACAAGUCCAGAUGGAUUCAGGUCAGUGAUUUACGAGAAAAAAUUCGUACACGAUUGACCUCGCCGAGAGUCGUUACAAACCCUGGAGUACUAAAAUCCAAGAUGAUUUAUAAAUUCGUGCUAACUGCUAAACGGCGCGGAGGACAUGCAGGUUACUCGGAGUACCAGUUCGCCACUUACAGCUCCCCUACUGAAGGAAAAUGUGACGUCACCCCUUUGUCUGGAAGAACACUGGAGACUACCUUUACUUUUGCGUGCAGUGGCUGGGAGGAUCCAGAUCAUCCCAUGCAGUAUUCCUUCAUUUAUUUCACCGAUGAUGAUUUUCCCAACGUUGUACAUAAAGGGAUGGAGAGAAGUAAAAAAACAAAGCUUCCCGCUGGAAAAAAGAUAAACAACUUUACAAUCGACUUUCGUGUACGAGUGGCUGACGUAUUCGGAACCUUUAUCGAGGUGAAGACACCUGUUCAGGUACGGAACGAAAGCAUUCAGACAAUUUUAUAUAGAGCCACAUUACUUUGACAGAGAGAAAAUUUGAAACUUUACAUUGCUUUACUGACGAAAGAUGAGAAUCGUGCGUUGAUUUUACGAGCAUGGUGUCUUGCAGUAGUGGUAGAUUUUUGAACAGCAAAUGUUGACCAAUGCUUAUUACCUCUUUGCGAAAAAUGUGGCCACCAUCUUAGUUGGGGAGGUUUGGUGGAGAAACUAAUUUUUGAUGCAUACAGUUAUGGUGGCCCCUGCAGACUGACUCCAGCUCUGAAACCGUUGUAAUGCAGGCUUCACUUACAUACGUGAUGCGAUUCAGUAAUUUGCAGCCCGUCCUCUUAAAGAAUAAAAAGCCAAAACUCAUCAAAACGUGCAGCUUCUUCCCAUUUCUUUUUGAAACAUUUGAUCAAUGAAAUGAUUCUCUUGAUUAAAUUUCCUCUUAUCUAAUAUCAGGUGCUGCAGCUUCAGUUAAACGCAGAAAAGCUUGUGGACCGCGCUGUUCAGUUGACAAUUGGAAACCAGAGUCAGUUGAAUAAAUUACUUCAGUCAGGUGACUUGUCACAGGCUGUUCAGUUAGCCAAAGCAGCCAUUGUGGCUGUUGACGUUGAUGAAAAAAUUCCUCGGGAUAAGCUCAAAGAAAAGAGAAAAGCGGUAAGUACUCAAUAUUGGUUUUCAUGAGCAGCUUCUUAAAAUCUGACGGAAAACUUGCUAAAUAUUUACACAGAACUGUAAAACAACUUAAUGUAAUUAUCCGCAAGUUGAAAAAAACUUGCACCGUAUGAGGACUGUGCAACAAUGUACACCGGAAAGGGUCUGUGAUUUUGGACCGAAAAAACCUCUAUAAGCAAAUGAAAAAUUGUCUCUGGGGUGAAAUGCUGAUCACGACAAGCCUUUCUAGGAGUCAGUGUCAUUCGUAAACGCUAUUUUGUGCAGGUUAAAUCCAGUAUUGUAAAACAACUGUCUGCUGUACAAGUGGAGACUGUGGAGAGAAUACGACAGACAUCCAAGGUUAUAGCCGAGGCCCUCUCGGUUGUUAGCGAAGUUACAGCAGAAGCACAGGUAAAUUUUUCUACGCACCUAUUUUUUUCACAAACAUUACUAGUUCGAGGGGAAAGACCAUAAAGCUUUGAAGUGAAAUUUUCUAAUCAACUUUCAAAGCUCAAUUUUGACCUGGGGAAGGUGGAGUCCUCCUUGAAUGAUAGUUUGUGAAAUCUAGAUGAACACGUAAUGUGAUAAUGAACUCGUAAUGUGAUAAAGAACACGUAAUGUGAUAAUGAACUCGUAAUGUGAUAAAGAACACGUAAUGUGAUAAUGAACUUUCAGAGAACAGCAGCAGAUGCCCUUCAGUCGAUGACUACAGUUUUGAAAGAAGAAUCCUCAGCAGGGAAAAGUUACGAGGCGCUUUUAGGCGGUGCAAGAAGUCUUGCUGCUGGUCUCGGUGGCAUGCUCAAGGUGUCUUCAUACUGGGCAAGAGAAUACGAGUUAAGAGACACCCACCAGGUGGAUUCGGCCAAUGUACACCGCCAACGAAAAAGCCUUCGUUCUUUAGACCUUGCUUUCCAACAAAGAUCAAAGCAAUACGUUGCAGCUGAGCUGCUAAAAGCGAAGAAUGAGGUAUAACAGUGCGACGCUUAUUAUGGACGGAAUUGGUUUGCUCUACAGCUUUAGAGGCAGCGGGCCCCUGCUGGGUCACAAAAAAGCGGUUGUAGUUGUUGUUCAUUGUGUAAGGGAGGGAGUGGGGAGACUAAGGGCUUCCCAAAUUAAUGUGCUUUUUCCUUGCAAUCAGCUUAUAUGCAGCCCUAAUGAAACUUAAUCCACAGACCAGUCCAUUCAUAAAGUAACCAAGUCAUUUUCAGAGAGUUACCUCACAGGUUCAAUCACUUCAAUAACUCCCUGAAUUGUAUCAAAAUUUUAAUAUAUGUUUUGAAAAUUAAAUUAAAUUAGCAAUCGCAGCUUCAGUCAGCUGUCUUUAAGAUUUAUUACUCUACUUUAUAGUCAAGAGGACGAGCUCUGGGCCUUUUACAGUCGCUGAAAAAUGUUGGAAAAACCAUCUUGUCUCGAACCUUAGUCGGUGAGAAGCCAAUAGAGCUUUCAUCCCAGCCUGUGUCUCUACUUAUUUUCCGAGAGGAGCCUCGUUUGUUCUCAGGAUCUGUUUUAUCCAACCAAGACUACAGCUUCGUGCUUCCUUCAGAUUCAAACGUGUUUGGCAAUAGUACAUUGUUUGUGGAUAGCCAGGUAUGGAAAUGACGUCAUCUGUUCUUUGACUAAUUUGCAACAUGUAGGCAGUCAGUCCUUUUCUUUUCCCGCCUUAGUCUCAACAGGUUAUAGAUAUCAAGUAGAAAAUAGAUUUUGUGUUAAGAAUCAACGAAAAAGCCGCUUUUUAAUUAUUUGCAUUAAGUGCACAUGUUGUUUACCAGAACGUUCUCAUGUCAGCAGAAGAUCAGAGUAAUAGUAACAGCCUCUUAAGGCUUUCCUCCAGAAUAAUUUUUCAAUUAUUUUAUGAAUCAAGGUAUCUAGGUUGAAAGUUUACUUUAUGUGGAAAAGAUAGAUUAGUGGGCCACAUUUCACAAUUCCGUCUUUAUUUCAGAUGAUCACAACAAGUUUUGUAUCUUACUCGUGGCAUCCUUCAGCGGCGAGGUUGACGAGUGGAGUUGCCAGCCUUGAAUUUAAAAGCAGCUCUGGGCAUCUCUCAAAUGUGACAGAACUGAUAACGCCCAUGACUAUCAAAUUGCGCAAUAAUUACAAUUUAAUUGACACCUCUCGAUCAUACUCCAUUGGUGCUCGUGAGACUGUGUUCCACAAGGUAAACGUCACUCACCUAGGGAUAACUCUGAUACUGAAGGUUCGUCCAGAAAAUAACAAAACAGAAUUGUUUGUGUCUCUUAAGUUUGGGAAACGACCCACUGCUAAUAACAGUGAUAUGAACGUCACCGUCCCUAACUUCUCAACUUGCCCUCAGAUGUCGUCUGGUUAUGUCAACUGCUCAACUGAUCCGUAUAAGGUACUCGUAGACACUAAACUCAUCAAAAAGACAGGCAUUUACUUUAUUGGAAUACAAAUCAAGUCAAAGGGUCCUUCUAGGAAGAGGCGGUGCUUAGGGCAAAGACGGUCAAAACGCACAUGUAUGCAAUAUAAAGAAGUGCCUGCAGCAGAUGAUACUAAAGCAAGGCAGUCUCCACACAAUCGAAUCUUUAGAAAACGCGAUGAAAAUUACACCAUCCAAGUGAUGCCAGCUGCCUGUCUCUAUUGGAAUACCGCAAUGUCUAAAUGGACAUUUGAUGGAUGUAAGGUAAGUGAGCAUUGUUGUUCAGUGUCAAUGUUAUCUAACCAUUUGGUUAAUCAAAUCAAGUGCGAAACUAAGUUCAUACAGACAGUUUAGUGUUUUCUUAUUGACAAUGGUUUGUACUAUGAACAGGUGGCUGAAACAACAACCAUGGACAUGAUUCACUGCCACUGCAACCAUUUGACUGCAUUUGGAGGUGAAUUGUUUGUGGCACCAAACCUCAUCGAUUUUGACAAAGUAUCCAUUGAAUUACAACGCAUCCCAGAGACCGGAAACGUAGCUGUAAUUAUAACAGUGAGCUGUGUGUUUGGACUUUACUUAAUGCUUAUACUGUGGGUUCGGAAGGCUGACCAGGAAGAUGCUUUGAAGGUAGGAGUCAGUAUGUUUCUCAAGGAGUAGAUGAUGACCUUUUUCUACAUCUUUUAAAUGUGUUUAAAUAAAAAUCAUCAAAUCAUCAAACAACGUUCGCGUUGUCGUUCAUUGCAGAUCGGCGAUAAACCAUUUUUGGGAUCUUUAUCACCCUGGUGUUGUCGAUACGAGAUUGAAAUAUCUACAGGCAUUUGGUUUGAUUCUGGUACCAGUGCUAAGGUGUAUCUAGUGCUUGAAGGCGAAAUGGACUCCAGUCGACCUUAUCAUUUAAAGAGCAAUUCCUUCAUUCCAUUUGCAAGAGGAAGCUUAACGUGUUUUACCCUCUCGGUUCCGAGUAAUGUUGGCCCCUUACGGAGAGUGCGCGUGUGGCAUGACAACUCUGGUGAAAGCCCCUCCUGGUAUUUAAACACAAUCAAGAUUUACGACGCGUUCAGUCAGGAGCUUAAGACUUUUACCUGUCACAAGUGGUUAGCUGUUGAGAAGGGAGACGGAUUAGUAGAUCGCACUCUUGCUGCUGAUUCAACUGCCGGGAAGCGAAAGAAUUUCUGGGAAUGUUGCCGGAGUACGGUGGCCGGAAAACUCGUUAAUGGGCAUCUGUGGCUUUCUGUCGCAACCAGACCACCAAGUAGACGCUUCACUCGCGUGCAGCGUUUGUCUUGCUGCCUGUCACUUCUGUUGACCACAAUGUUGGCCAGUGCCAUGUUCUAUCAGUUUGUUCCUGGGCACGUUCAGCAACAGCGUACAUUUAGAUUGGGCCCUCUGGUCCUAAAUUUGCGACAACUAAUUAUUGCAUUGGAGAGCGUUGUUGUAGUUUUGCCCGUAAAUUUGAUAAUAGUAGGAAUCUUCAGUCACGUGGCGACCAAUUUCGACACACCAGGGCAACAUCAACGAAGAUACAAGGUCAGAGAAAGGUUCAGCAUCCACAAGGUCACCGAGAAACAUCGAUACCGAAGAAGCCCUCACAUAACUCUACCGUAUUGCUUUGUUUACUUGGCCUGGUUCCUGUGUUUCAUCUCUUCAGCUGCAUCAGCGACUUUUAUUAUCCUAUACAGUUUACAUUGGGGUAAAGAGACAAGCGAGGAAUGGCUUAUCUCCAUUGCUAUGUCCUUGUUUGUGGAAAUAUUUGUUUCAGAACCGGUAAAGAUCGUCGUCGUGGCUUUAUUUUUGUCUUACUUUUGUCAGUCGGACGCUGACGAACUUGCUCAAACUCCCGGAACAGGGGUACAUUUAGAUGAAAUUACCUUUGCUGACGGCCAAAAGGAAGAUGAACACGACGAAAAAAUUGCCUCACCAAAGCCCCUGAGCAAGAAAGAAUUGCGCCGUGCGAAGAUCUGUCGAAUGCGAGAGCUGCGUAUAUACAAGGCGAUACAGAAGAUAGUCUGCUAUUUUCUAUACCUUUUGAUUUUGAUAAUCAUGUGUUAUGGAGGUCGGAGUCGGUACAGUUAUUCUCUGAAAUUUUCACUGGAGCAAAAAUUUGGAGAGGUGAAUAUGCUGCUUGCAUUUUCAAUUUUAGCGCGAAAUGUGGUAAAAAUUGAAUCGCUGUCAACUUAUAGUAUCUUUGUGUUGAUUGUCAGGAAGGGAAUGAGUUCAUAAUAACUGUACACUGAACUGAUUGAUUUUCUUUGAAUUUCCAGUUAUGUAGAUUGUCUUUUUUUAACAAUGUAUUGCUUCAUUAGAUCUUGACUCUCGAGAACAUGUGGCAGUGGCUUCAAGACGUUUUGUUAACAGGAAUUUACCAGGACGAUGAGGACUUGGCAUUUUCAAAUUCUACUACGUUCACUGGAGAGGGUGAUGCAGUCCUUGUUGGGAUGCCCCGCCUUAGACAGCUAAGAGUGAAAAAAGGUGCGAACACAUAUAUAUCUAUUAUAUUUCAGCAGGAUGACUGGCAGUAAAAUAUGAACAAAGAUUAAAUUGUAUUAGUAUCACUGAUUAAUCAAACGGAGCACCUCAAUUUAUUUCUGAAGACAAAUCAAAAGUCUAAUUGCUAUUAGACACAGUUCACCCUGCGUUUUUCCUUUUUAUAACAGUUUACUGCAAAACUGCAUCAUCCCAGUAUUUUUUAAAAUUAAAAAGUGCUGUAAACCGUUAAGAUUUACUUUUUUACUUUUGUUUCUUUUAGAUUCAUGUCGUGUCGUUAAGGAAGCGAAAUCUCUAUUCAACUCUUGCAUCGCGUCAUAUUCACUAGAAGCUGAAGAUAAAACGGAGUUAUAUCAGCCGGGAUGGCUUCCACUUUUAUCUUCACUAAAUAUCUCAACUGAAACAUUGGACAAGGUCUGCCCCAGACCCUGGCGUUAUUCUACAGCAGAGAAAACCGAAAGCUUACCCUUCUGGGGAAGACUUUAUCCUCUUUAUAGUCAGGGUGGUUACCUAGCAGAGCUAGGCUACGACAGAAAGUCUGCCACGAAGGUCAUUUCUGAGCUGAACAUGUUGAAAUGGUUUGACAAGUACACUAGUACUGUAUUGAUUGAAUUUGUAGUUUUCAACCCUCAUGUCAGUCUGUUUAGUGCAGUUUGGAUACCGGUGGAGUUCUCGCCAUCUGGCUAUGUGGCUUCUGGUCAAGUGAUUCACCCACUUCACGUGUACAACGUUGGAGCUAGCUACAGUGUUGUUCACCUUGUUUGUCAGAUAUUGUUCAUGUUGUUUAUUGUUUACUUUGUCUUCAAAGAAACCAAAGAGAUGAUUCAACAACCAAAACACUACUUCCGUCGAUUUCUGAAUAGCAUUGAAGCGGUUCAGAUCUUUGUAGCAAUUUCCUUUGCAGUCGUUCAUAUCUUUAAAGAGGUAGAACUCUCUGUUAGCACGACUAAACUUCAUGAAAAUGUCUUCCAGUUUAUAAGCUUUGACAGAGCAGUUUUACUCGAUGAUAUGGAGACAGCAUUUUUGGCUUUAUUAAUGUUUUUCAACACUUUGAAGUUGCUGUAUUUGUUCAGAUUUAAUAGUCAUCUUAAACGUUUGUCUGAUGUCACGAAGGCGUCUUUCCUGGAACUCGUAAACUGCUCAAUAGGAUUUUACGUCUUCAUGUUCGCCUUCACUCAUUUCGGAUUCAUUCAAUUUGGAAGGGAGGUGGAGGACUAUUCCUCACUGUCUAGUGCUUUCCAGUCCCUUCUCAUCCAGGGAGUCUUGAGCGACGGGGCUGAAUAUCUGCAAUAUUGUCAUGAUGUCAUUGGUCCUCUUUUCUUCAUAGUUUUCAACAUGUGUCUGCAAGUGAUAUGGGUUAACGUCUUCAUCGCCAUCCUUAUUUAUAAUUACCGAACCGUUACGCAGUUCUCCAGAGGAAGAUUUAGCUUUGGGAAAUUUAUGAUGAGGAAAAUCAAAGAGACACUGCAAUGCAUAGGAGACGGGAAACCACCUCAUACCGGACCGGGCAACAACAGGAAGAAAAGGGUGCACUGGAAAAACGAAAACGAUUCUGUUGAACUGGGUAACAACAACGACGACAUCGGUAGAAGUGAAAGUGCAAAUGGCAAGACCCAGAGUCCUCCUUUGAAGGAGUUAGACAAGUGCAUCACCCUGAUGAGUCUAAAGUUCAAUGACCUCUACAUUGACGAGUUUAUUGAAGACAUUGAGGACAUCGAAUUAUUGAACUGGUGGGCGGACGCUUGCGCGUGUAGAAGGAAUGUGUCUGAGAAGAAGAGGGCUGGUACCUUAUCAGACGAAGUUGUAAAAGCG